AUGUCCGUAUCAGCCUCGAUUCCCGACACCUCGCUUGGCCUUACCUCCUCCGAGAUCCAGAUCCUCCGACAACAGCAACAGAUUGCGCUUCAGGGUGGCCAUGCUGUCAACGGAGUUUCCAGGGGCAGAGGAACUGGUCGAAGCAGCAAUUCAAGUUCGCGUGCGGCCAGUGCUGCCAGCAGUCAUGGCCGAUUGUUGCUGGACCCGAUGAGUCUGCGAGCGCUAUCCCAUCAGCUGGAUGCGCUACAGGGGCAGAUUCGGAGUCGCAUCGACUAUACGAUGUUCCACAAGCCGGUCAGCCUUGCAUAUCAUCUUAUCAUCUGUCCUAACAUUCUGCAGCUGGAGGAACAAAUGCAGCUCUCUAUUCAAAACACCUACGACCGUGCAGGAAAUGUUAUCCACAAUGCCGAUGCCGAGAUUGCCCGUACGCGUUCGAUUCUAGCCUCAAUUGAUGAGCUGGAAACCGAGAUGGCGAAGAUUGGACAUAUCAGGGAGAUUGUGAAAGCCUACCGCGGCCGAAUUGAAGGGCUUGACCAGCGCCUCGAUCAAGCCGCCCGUAGGAGACGAUGA